AUGGCGUCUCGGAUAGAAGGCAUCUAUAACUCAUCUAGCAAGGCUUCUGUGUCCGAUGAGGGUGACUAUGGCGCUCCAGCUGGGAGCAGACUGAUCCACUCUCCUGCGAAACCUCUGAUCACAGAGGAGAAGCUGAGGGACAUGCUUGGUGAGCUGCGCCACAAUAUUGCAGCUGACAUUGGCAGGUUCCGCAAAGAGAUCAGCGGAGUAUCGGCCCACCUGCAAAACACUGAACUUAACACUGCCGCACAGGAGAGCAGACUUGCAAAG